UUUAUUCUCUCCACUGUCCAGCGCCCACAUACCUUCAAACACGCCCCCUUCCAACUUUGAAUUCCCUUCUCAUCGCCUUCCCACUUCUCUGUUUCUUCACCUCUCGGAUUCCCCCGACACCCACUCCGAUUCCCAAGAUUCUACUCUGCCUUCCAUUCCAGCCCUCUUUUACUCUGUUUUCACUCUCCCGAUUGUAGUAUUGAGUACUGGGUUUGGCUGAAGAUAGGAUGAACGCGACCGGGAGACAGAUUUCAAGAUCUAAUCCCUCGGUGCACCACAAGCGUCAGCAUUCCGAUAAUGCUAUUGACGCCUUUUACUCUUAUGGGAGAUCUAAUCUUUCUCAUGAUUUUGGGUCGAGGGCAAGCAGGGGAAUGCAGAGGAGUUUCAAUGAUCUUGGCUCUGCUGAUGCUUUGACGCCACAGGCUCGGUCCCGGUCGUCGAGCAUGAGGAAGAAUGCGGAUGAGAUGUUGCUUCCCACCCAUUACAGCCCUGGUCUCCUCGAUCUUCAUGCUUUUGAUACUGAAUUGUUACCUGAGGCAGCUUACAAUGACUCGGAGCCACUUUUUGCUGCCAGCAAGUUACCUAAUAGGCCUGGAGGUGCAUCUGACAAUAAUCUUCUCAAAAGCAUCUCAGUUGACAAGGAAAGAACCAAUAAUGUUGCUAAGAUCAAAGUUGUGGUUCGUAAGAGACCAUUGAAUAAAAAGGAAAUGACAAAGAAAGAAGAAGAUAUAAUCACGAUAGAGCGAAUGCCGAAUUCCCUGACAGUUCAUGAAACAAAAUUUAAGGUAGACUUGACAGAGUAUAUUGAGAAACAUGAAUUUGUUUUUGAUGCGGUACUGCAUGAAGGCGUUUCAAAUGAUGAAGUAUAUUCCGAAACUGUGGAACCGAUAGUUCCCCUUAUUUUUAACCGAACAAAAGCAACUUGCUUUGCUUAUGGGCAAACAGGUAGUGGAAAAACAUAUACUAUGCAACCACUGCCUUUAAAGGCGUCUGAAGACAUUUUAAGAUUAGUGCACCACACACACCGGAAUCAGGGCUUCCAAUUAUUUGUCAGCUUCUUUGAGAUAUAUGGAGGGAAACUUUAUGAUCUCCUCAACGAAAGGAAAAAGCUUUUCAUGAGGGAAGAUGGAAAGCAACAAGUAUGCAUUGUGGGGUUGCAAGAAUACAAAGUUUCUAAUGUUGAGACGAUCAAGGAAUUGAUCGAGCGGGGAAAUGCCUCAAGAAGCACUGGUACAACCGGUGCAAAUGAAGAAUCCUCCAGAUCACAUGCUAUACUUCAGCUUUGCAUUAAGAGAUCAGUAGAUAGUUCGGAAACAAAGCCUGCUCGACUUGUAGGAAAGCUGUCUUUUAUCGACCUUGCAGGAAGUGAACGUGGUGCAGAUACUACAGAUAAUGAUAAACAGACAAGAAUCGAAGGUGCUGAAAUUAACAAAAGUUUGCUUGCUCUCAAGGAAUGCAUUAGAGCUCUUGACAACGAUCAGGGUCACAUUCCUUUCAGAGGCAGCAAAUUAACUGAAGUUCUUAGAGAUUCAUUUGUUGGUGACUCACGCACUGUUAUGAUAUCAUGUAUAUCACCGAGCUCGGGGUCAUGUGAACAUACUCUCAACACACUAAGAUAUGCUGACAGAGUAAAGAGUCUAUCUAAAGGGAGCAGCACAAGGCGGGAUCCUCUAUAUUCAUCUUCAAAUGUUCGAGAAUCGACGGCCUCUCUGUUCUCGUCCUCAUUACCCACCGAGCCAUCCUUUGAGAAUAACAAAACUAAUUUACCAAAUGACAAGAACAGAUUUGGUUGGUCCAAACAGAAUGAAAGGGAAGGUACUCCACCGUUGAACGUUGAAUGUGUUCCUAGCAACAGGGCAGACAUAGCUUUGCCUCAUCACAAAAGGCAGCCAAGCUUUCAAAAUGACUUCACUGAAGAUGAUAUUGGUUACCCUGAGCAACUAUAUGAACAGGAGAAAUCAUCAUGGACGAACACCAAAAUAACCGAAACUCGUCAAGUGCCAGGCUUUAUCAACCAGAAGAAAUUAAUUAAUGAAGCAAACCGAAGGGAUAUACCUUAUGUCGAGACUGACUCUCAUUCGGAUGAUGACCUUGAUGCCCUUUUGAAGGAAGAAGAAAGCCUUGUUACUGCUCAUAGGAGACAGGUGGAGCAGACAAUCGACAUCGUCCGAGAGGAGAUGAACUUGCUUGUUGAAGCUGACCAACCCGGAAGCCAUCUAGAUGACUACAUCCAUAAAUUAAACGUCAUUCUAUCACAGAAGGCCGCAAGCAUUUUUCAGCUGCAGGCUCAGUUGGCUCAAUUUCAGAAACGUUUAGAUGAGUACAAUGUUUUGGUGGCACCCUCCAGCAACUGAAACAAACCUAGAGCCAGACAGACACUACCCAUUUUUUCCCUCCAAAAAAAUCUUCUUUUACACAGGCCCGAGGGAGUCGGUCGAUCGAGGUCAGUUAAUAUCGAUAUGAAAUGGUUCAUGCAUGGCGUGGGGGAUCGACAAACGGCCAAUCUUUUCCCUCAGAGGUGGUUUCAGCUUUCUUUGAUUGUACAGAAGAUUUAUUUCCUGUCUAUAGUGUUUGUUUUAUAUUCAUGGAUGUUUUCUCUCCCUCUGAGCUCUACUGCUGCUGCUAUUACAUGACUGAGCAAGAACAAUCAAGAAAAACUAAUACACAUUCUUGUGUUGAGUUAUACU